GAAAAAAAAAAGCCUCCUAAAACGACGCAAUCUGUAUCCAAUCCAAUGCCUUUCCUUACAUUUCCUCCUCUCCACUUUCCUUGCAUUAGAUUCUACUACAAAACAAAACACUGAUUUGUUUCGCAGUUUUGCUUCCCUUUUGUUUUAUAGAAUCGAAAAAAAGAUCGAAGCGAAAGCGGCGGUGCAGCCAAGACAACUUUCCAUUCUUGCAUUAUUAACAAGUAUUAAAAGAAAUUUAAAACACUGAUUCUCAAAUAUUCGCUUGCUUUGGGAUUUUAUAGAUAAAUAAAUGUAGAAUAAUAGUACCGUAGAUAGAUAAAGAUAACAAAAUUUUCCAUUCCUUUUUCUUCCCUUCUUUUUAUUUUUCUUUUGGAAAUCUCUCUCUCUCUCUCUCUUUCGCUUUCAGUUUUCUUUCCCAGCUCCGGAAACCUCCAAUUAUGGCGUUUCUCCUCCCUGUUCGCAGCAUUUGAUUUCUUUUACAGUGGAAGAUCAUAUGAUGUGACUUGUAUGUCUGGAAUCAAACACUCUGAAUUCAAUUCUGGGAUAUUUUUCACUGUUGUGGUAAACAUUUGGAAAUGGAUGACAAUAGUGGCAGCAAGUUGACUGGAAUUCGCCAGAUUGUUAGGCUAAAGGAAAUUCUCCAAAAGUGGCAAUCUUUAACGGUCGGCUCAAAAGAAACCAGCCCUCCCUCUGAUCAAUCCCCCUGUGGCAUUUCACCAGCAAUAAAUAAGAGGCUGAACAGUGUUACGUGUUGUGAUUCUGAUGAGGAGAGUUGCCACAGUCCAGAACCGCCAGCUGAUGUACCCAAAGGGUAUCUGGCGGUUUAUGUUGGACCAGAGCUUCGGAGGUUUAUCAUCCCAACUAGCUACCUUAGCCACUCCCUGUUCAAGGUUUUGCUGGUAAAGGUUGAAGAGGAGUUUGGGUUUGAUCAUACUGGUGCGCUUACUAUCCCUUGUGAAAUUGAGACCUUUAAGUUUCUCCUACAGUGCAUGGAGAACCAUCCAAAAGACCAUGAAGAUGAAGGCCCUGGUGAUUUUGCAGCUGAAGAUGCUUUUACUGUUGAAGAGUAAUCGCACUGGUCUCUUUGGUCCAGAUUUUGUCUAAAGCAGAACAAGUAAAAAUUGCUCUGGAUGCCAUUUCUGUACAGACUCAAGAUUUUAUGUGUACGAAACAAUUGCCUCCGAUAUGUUACUGUAGUAUUCUGCACUAUAUGAACAGUGAAGUACCGUUCUCUUUUAUUUUUUA